GACGCGGGCGAGGCCGGCGAGCGCGUGGUGACGGUGGGCAGGGUGGGCAGCGGCUUCAACAUGGAGCGGCUGCGAGCCAUCCGCGACCGCCUCCGCCCGCACCUGCGCAGGUACGACCCCCACCGCGCCCCGGCGUGGCUGGGGGGCUGGCGCGGCGCGGGCAAGGCGAAGCCUGACGCCGUGGUGACCUCGCCCGUGCACGGCUUCGUCAUGGAGGUGCGGGUGGCCGAGAUCGUCCCCUCGACAGAGUACGAGAUGGGCUACACUCUCCGCUUCCCGCGGGCUGUCCAGCCGAUCCGCGAGGACAAGGACUGGAACGACGCCUCCACGGAGCGCGACCUGCGGGAGUUCCUGGCCGGCGGCAAUAGCGCCCUGCGGCUGCGCCGCGGGAAGGCCAAGGUAGAGGUAGCUUGUGGGCUGCUGUUUGCGCUGCUGCAGAAAAACCUCCUCCUAUUUCCAACCUUCACGCGUACCGGCUUCAAGAUUGGAGGGCCCCUGCACCCCACCUGA